ACUAAGAUGAGAUCACAAUCACUACCAGAACGCUACUGCAUCUUGUCUAUAGGAGGGUCAGUGGACUGUACUACUGAGACACCAUACAAUCUCUAAUACAUGGUCCUCUACUCAUGGCAUCGAAUCCAAGACUUGCCUCGGUAAUGAUCCUUGGUACGUCAGCUCAAGGCAGCUGGGUUCCCCAGAAAACUACUGCUGAUGGUAUUUGUUCGUUUCAUCUCGUGGGCGGUGUUUACACGUGUUUACACGAUUCCGGAUGAUGAAAUGCGUGAGGAAAUAACUGCCACGCAGGUAUUGGCAGAUUCUCCAACGUGUACAUGAAUUGUUUCAACAAAACUAUUCGACCCAAUCUCGUUAAAGCAUGUUUGUCAUCCUACAACGUGACCAGUUUGAUAUCAGCAGUAGCUGAAGAGUGCUGUUCAUAGAUGCAACUUGAGUUCCGGGUGACACACAUCUACAGGAGGCAUGGCAACUGCUGUCAACUUCACCCUUGAUCAGUUCAACGACGUCUACAACCAGCGAUACCUUCCUGCUACAGUGUACAUAUCGGCCAUGAUGGUGGUUGGCCUCGUGGGCAAUUCUGUUGUCUUUCAUGUAUACCUGAAGAAGUUCAAGCCGAGCACAACAAGGUGUUUCAUUCUUGUGGUUGCCCUUUUGGAUAUUCUCAAUGCUCUAGUAUGUUGUCCAGUACAAAUAUUUCAGAUGAGAAACUUUGUAACGUUUGGCAGUUCAGGGGCGUGUAGGUUCAUGAUAACGAGUGUGACAUAUUUCAGCACUGCGUCUGGUCAGGUGUUAAUAUUAGUGGCCGUUGACAGAUACAGGAAGGUUUGUCGACCCUUCCAGAAGCAGAUGACGCCAUAUACAGCCAAACUGGCUUGUGGACUUUUGUGUCUCGUCUUGCUGGUGCUCAUGAUUCCGACUCCACUGAUUUACGGCCCUAAAACUGUGACACGAUAUAAUGUCAAUAUUACCAUUUGUCGCCCCUUCGAGCCAGAGAGGACUACUAUAAGGCUCACAACAAUGAUGUCAAGAGACCCUCAGAACUACGAACGCCUCGCCAUGAAGUACUCCCUUUUCUCCAUCCUAGAAAAAUCCUAUCACCUGCAGAUCGCUGCCAACCCCAUUAUCUAUGGCUUUCUUAAUAAGCAGUUCCGCCGCGAACUCCGACUGAUUUCACUGGCUACAUUUGACCUGAUUACAGUCACCAUUUGUAUUCCAUCAGAGAUCGCAGACAUACGGCAUAACUAUACAUUUGGGCCGUACACACUGUGUAAGAUAUUGCGAUUACUUGUAACAUUCUCAGCCAUUGCUUCAGCGUCAACACUGGUAGCCAUAGCCGUGGACAGGUAUAGGAAAAUAUGCCGACCGUUUGAAAAGCAGAUGACGCCUUUGUCUGCCAAGGUUACAGUUAUCGUGUGUUCACUUAUGACGGUGGUGGUUUCAUCACCCAAUGCUGUUAUCUAUGGUCCUAGGGCAGUUGCAACAGACGACGGCUAUAUUAAUGGUUCUGACUGCUCUACGUCUGACGACUACGUCAGGACGCCCUACCCUCUCAUCUACAAUGGAGUCCUGUUCUUCAUCUUCUUCUCCUCAACACUCAGUCUCUCUGUGCUUUACGGUCUCAUAUGGAGGCAGGUUGUCAGGCAACGGAAACGAAUGAAUGCUGUAUAUGAAAUAAGACAAAAUGUGGAAAUGGAUAGCAGACACGAAAUGAUACCUAAUACUUCAUCAUCCGAUGUCCAGUGUCCGUCAGUUACAUGGGAUUCAAGCCUGUUGUCUUCCGACAGAAGUGAUUCCAACAUACCUGCUAGAAGAUCAGAACGUAUACCUGAUUCAUGUCCAGAUGGUAACACACCAUCCCUACCGGGCAGGCAUCCCUCUAGGUGUGGAAGAAACGAAUCCCCUACCGGCACAUCGUCACUGCGUCAAAGAGGUCAUAAGACAGUACUGAUGCUGUUUCUCAUCACCCUCGUGUUUGUUUUGAGCUUCCUUCCUCAUCUGGGUCUGAUGGCUACGCAGGCUGUCAACAAACACGUGUUUGACGACCUUACAGGAGCUGGAAUAGCAGCUAACAAUUUGUUUCUGAGAUCCUACUUUAUCAACAGUGCAUCCAAUCCUAUCAUUUACAGCUUCUGCAACGAACGGUUCCGCCUUGAAGUGACACGGCUGUUUGGAGGGUUAACUCGCAGAACAUAGGCACACAAUACUGUAUUGUACACUGCUUAAUAAUCAAAGAGGAGAACAGGAUUGUUGAAGCAAACUAUUUAAAAUAUGCAUGGAUAUGUGUUUUUACCACUUAUUACACAAAACCCUUGCCUGAUACAUUUUGACUGUUUUGGGCGUUGGUUUGUUGUUUAACGCCACACUCAGC